AUGAGAAAGAGUUUACUACUAUCUGGCGUCCUUUCCAGCAAUGGCAUUCAAGCAGAGGACGGGGUUGGCUUGCAGGUAUUUCAUGGAAGAGCACUGCUAACCAACACAAUGGAUACAGAUGACUACACUGUUAUGAGCUGCAAACAAGUGGAGGAAGCUAGAUGUAUUGGGCAGUGCGCUAAAUUAUGGUGUGACAGCAGCGAGAUUGGAGAUUGCGCACCCGAUUUUCGACCGAUUGUUCGAGUGGCUGAUCGAUGCGCUAGUUGCGAACGUGGAGAUUUAUUUCUAUCUCACGAUAUUCUCCAGAAACUUUCAGGUAUAAACAAAGACCAGCAGUUGUUUCCAGUCCGAUGGAAGUGUGUGGAUUGCGGGAUGAAUGUCGGUAGACCUAUUAGCAGCAAUGAGAAAACUAAAGGAGAAAAGAUCCACCCUGGACCCGAAAGCCAGGUGCAUGCGAUGUUAUCAUUAGACAAUACGACUGACCAAGUUGCUCAUCAACCGAUUGAAGAACUUGAAGACGGAGGUGUCGGUUGUUCCUUGUCGGAUGAAAAUGUUGCUGGAAGCUCCGACAACGAAGUUGAAAUAUCUUAUGUGAUAAAUAAUGACUGGAACAAAGGCGAUGAAGAGAACAGCAACAGCAAUGGCGGUACAUUUUCAUCUAGUUUUGGGUCCGCGUCAGGAACUGUAAGGCGGGGGCCUCUUCAAAAAGAGAGAGCAGAUUAUUUCAUGUCCAAUGGGUCAUCGUCAUCAAACCACGCAAAUGAUGCUUCGUCUCGACCGUCUCCAGUCUCAUCAACAAGAGUUUCGAUUAGCGGCUCAUCAACUGCUGAUGAAAAUGCUUUUAGCGGUGGCUUACGAUCUUCUUCAUCAACAGCGACUCAGGACUCUAGAUACCAUUUGGAAGCGACGUUUUUCGACAAUUCACAAGAUGCACGUGCACUUUCUACUUCGUCUAGUUUGUCAGGUGUCUCGCCUCACAAGAACCAGCCACCCACAGCGAUGAUGGAAUCUCUAAUACAAAAAGACAACAGUGUAGAUAAAAGCUUGUCGGCCACAUCAAGCGUGACGAAAAGCCCGUUAUUCUACGCAUCGAUCAUGCUUGGAAUUGUAGGCUUGAUAGGAGCCACUGUCGGGCACCGUGCGAAGCAAAAGCGAAACUACCGCAAGGAACGGAGAGCGUUUCGAAUGUUUGCUCAGAUGAACGCCCACGCGUGCAGCCCUCGUCCAGCCCCGUCUUCGCUGAGGGCGUUAGCUUCUCGACCUGAAAGCCAUAGCAUUAUAAUUUUAUAA